AUGUUAUUAAACAAAGCACUUCAGUUGGCGAUGUUGGCUGCGGCAGUAUUGCUGAAGAGCAGAACGGAGGCAGCCACCUCGCCCGUGGUGAAGUUCUGCGGCCGACAACUCAGCGAGAUCAUGAGCAGAGUCUGCCACGCUUAUAACAGUCCUUGGGACACACCUACAGUUGUGGAACAACCUGGUUCUGUGGUGAGAAGAAGACGGCAAGUGGAGAAUGGCAUAGCUGACGAAUGCUGUAACAAUGGUUGCACGUGGGGACAGCUCAGUGAAUAUUGCUCCAUUAGUAGUACCAAUUCGGAGUCCCCACUGGAAGACAUGGAGGCUCACAUCAUAGCAGACAGAUCAGCGGAGCAGGGGGUGCAAGAGACGAGAGACGUGGCGAGUGUGGCUACAGCACCAGCGGCGGUAGGCAGCGCUGGGUUUGCGGGGCGCGCGGCAGGGCCGCGGGGCGGGGCGCGGGGCCGCACGCGGAGCCGCGGGUACGGGCGCGCACGAGCUCGGGGCCGCCGUUGUUGGUGCCGGCGCAAGCGGCGCUCGGGCCGACGGCGAUCCUCUCUCAUGGGACCUCGUAAAAAAUGUAGUGCGCGCUGCUCCCGUGGUGGGCACCGUAUCGCCUCUAAUCACGUGGGGCCGGACACUCAACACUGACCUCUCGCCGGGCAGCCGAGACCAAUACGCGUACGUCGUCUACGCCCAAUAAAACCCCAUGGUUAUUACCAACCGUUGACGACGACAUCAAACAACUCUUUCACAACUCCCAACUAGUGAAGACAGAGUUCACAUCCCUCGUAAUGAAUAAGAGGACGUGGUAAGGUACAAUGUUUUAGUGUUCAUUAUUAUGUAACGUUCAUAAUUUAAGUAUUCUUUCCUACGCAGUGUCAAUUAGAUUAGGAACGACAUUAUUAUGUCGACAAUCAAGUGUUCCACUUUAAGUACCUAUACUUUUUAAUGUAUUCCAAGCAAUAGAUCACAAAGUAUACUGUACUUCAAUAGGUUCUUACAAGUCUACUUAAUCGAUUUGCUAAUGUUUAUUACAAGAAUUUUGUAUUAUAUAAAUAUUGCCAUAUCCAGUAGUUUAGUAAUUGUGACGCUUAAUCUUCACAAACCUAUUUUCUUAUGCCAGCAAUGUUAUUACAAUACGCCAAUUUUCCGUUCUCUUUGUCCGAGUAUCUCCAUAGUUAAUAAGUGAUGUUAUUAUUAUAGUACCUAUACAUUAGCUCUCUAGAUUUAUUCUGAUAUUCGCAAACGCGCAUGAGCGUUCAAAUAGAAAGGAAAAUUGACUAUUUUUAAAUUAUUUUUUGCAAUAAAAUUGACAUUUGCCAUAAUAGCCAUCCAUUUAAUAAUUUAUUAUUGUCUUAGAUGUGUACUAUAUGCUACCAAUAAAACUCCUACCAUUUAAGAAUUAACGAUCUCUAAAACAUCUGUGAUAACUCCAACUGAUAAAAAUAAAUCAUUAAUUUAUGAAUUUUAGUUAUGUCAGCAUACUAGUUGAAUGUAUCUUCUUGUGUUAGACAGUGUAUGUAUUUAGAGUUUAAGUAGUUCUAUGUUCAGAGUGGACACUUGUAUAUUAGCAGGUAACUCUGUCUGAGGCUAAUGUGUUAUUACACAGUGGAAAACAAACAAGCAUCAGCUCUCAGACAGGCUUGCCAUAUGCUUGAACAUGCUGCUACUGUGACUGAACUGACUGACUAGGUGGAUGCUGUAUUAAAAUUGUCAUUUAUUUACAUAAAGUGUUUCAUUUCAACAAAUCAAAGCACAAUUAUUAACUAUACAACAUCAUGUCACAUAAACUAGGUAUUUCAUUAAAACUAAAAAGAAGAAAAUAUAUACAAAAGUGAUCAAAUCACUAAGUAUAGACAUGGUUUAUUUACAAUAUUUAAUGGAAGAUCUAUUUGAAACUAUCAGUCAAUUUGAUUUAGUUUCCUAGACAAGUUAAAUUGACUUUGAAUCAAAAUAAUUAUCUAUACAUGAUCUGUACUGUUAAUAAUUACAAAUUGCACAAAAAUCACUUAACAAAAAAUGAAAUACAAACAUCAAAUGCUAUUAGUUCCAUUGUUAUCUAAAUCUGGUUUCUUUGAGUUUUUUUGGGAUUCCGACUCAGUAUUUUGAAAAUAAUAUUUUUUUAACAACCAAUAUUUUGCAAUGACUAUGAUCAGGAAUAGAGCUCCUAGUCAUAGUGGCCCCUUGUUGUUGUCAUUUUCAUUAGAGUCUGUGUUGCCAGUACCUUCAGUGUUACUACUUCUAACAGGUAAUAAUUGAAACCUUAAACUAUUACCCUUGACCCUCUUCUGCACUAUUUUGCUCAUAUUUCUCACUUGGUUCUCAAUGGUUUGGUAUAUUUUUUC